GAAUCCAUAAACUAGCGGCAUGAUUGUACAUCACCGAACGCGGCUCAUUCCUCUCGGUGUCUUUGUAAAGAACGAAAGUAGUUUCAGAUUUCCAGUCUAAUGAAUCCACACAAAGUGUAGCAGCAUGGAUAUGGAAAAUGGUGUUUUUAACGGCUCUACUCGACGCGAAAGCUUCGAUCAUCGGGAAGACUUUCCUAAUAUAGGAAGUCUCAUAGUGCGUCGUUUCAGAGGCAUAUGGACGAAGGAUACCUUAUAUCGCCGCUUGCCCGUCUUGCAGUGGGCUCCCAGUUAUGGACCUAAAAGUUUUAUAUCGGAUUUGAUUGCCGGCAUCACAGUAGGUCUCACAUCUAUCCCCCAGAGCAUAGCAUAUGCCACGGUGGCCAAUCUUGAACCUCAGUAUGGCCUAUAUUCCAAUUUCAUGGGAUCGUUCGUGUACGCGUUUCUUGGAUCGGUUAAAGAAAUCACGGUUGCCCCCACGGCCGUCAUGGCACUCAUGGUACAACAACCAGUGCAGGAUCUUGGGCCAGCCGGUGCCAUUUUGUCAUCAUUCUUGUCUGGCUGCAUUAUGCUACUACUGGGGUGUCUUAAUUUUGGAUUCGUAGUACAGUUUAUAUCGAUGCCGGUGAUUACGGGUUUUAUUACUGCUGCCGCAAUAACAAUCAUCAGCAGCCAGUUGAAAUCGCUAAUGGGAAUUUCCUCCUCCGGGAAAUCAUCUGAGUUUGUCGAUACGUGGAUCAACUUGUAUGAAAACAUAGGAGAAACACGACUCUGGGAUUCCUUACUGGGAUUUACAUCACUCUCGAUACUGAUCUUGUUGACGCUCAUUAAAGGCCGCGGUAGUGGAAGAUGGAAAACUUUUACCAAAUAUCUAUGUCUGCUGCGGAAUGCCACCAUUGUUCUGAGCGGUGGAGUUAUAGCCUACAUAUGCAGCACCAAGGAAAAAUAUCCUUUCAAACUGACCGGCAAAGUGGCUUCUGGAUUGCCAUCAUUUCAAUUGCCACCAUUCCAAACGGAUAUCGAGGAAAAACAUUACGAUUUUAUAGAUAUGAUUCGCACACUUGGAACAUCCGUCAUAUCUAUUCCGCUAAUUUCAAUACUGGAAAUUGUAUCAAUCGGCAAAGCAUUUUCACGUGGAAAGUUGAUAGAUGCAACGCAGGAAAUGCUCUCUCUUGGAUGUUGCAAUGUAGCGGGUUCGUUCGUUUCCUCCAUACCAACAACUGCUUCGUUCGCUCGGUCGGCGAUCAAUAGUAGCAGCGGUGUCGUAACUCCGUUCGGAGGGGUUUUUACUGGUAUUCUGGUUCUACUCGCCCUCGGUCUAUUAACAGAUUACUUUUACUACAUUCCUAAAACCACCUUGGCAGCGGUAAUAAUUGCUGCGAUGAUGUUUAUCAUAGAGUAUAGAGCCGUUGCUGAAAUGUGGCGUACGAAGCGCAUCGACAUCGUUCCCUUUCUUGUAACCGUUGUGGCUUGCCUGUUCUUAGGACUCGAAAUAGGAAUAGUGGUCGGUAUAGCAGUGAAUCUGUGCUUCCCAUUGUACUUAGCAUCACGCCCUAGGAUUAAUCAUCGUCUUAUGAACGUCAACGAUACAACAGUGUUGAUUGUUCGUCCCGAUAGUGAUCUUGCGUUCUCAUCGGCGGAGUAUUUCCGAGAGAAAAUACUAAAAUUAGUUACACGUACUCUACCCCAUAUUAUACUCAUUGAUGGUGAGUGGGUCAAAUUUGUGGAUAGUACGGUCGUGAGGAAUCUAUCAAGUACUAUCAGCGAUCUGCGGCAACAAGGACGACAUGUUCUGCUUUGGCGAUGGGAUAAAAAUAUUCGUAACGCCAUGUAUCGCUUUAAAAAGCACAAAUUUAUGCCACUUUUCAGAAAUGACGAGUGUGCCGAAGACGCGAUCAACACCUGGAAGCAAGGUGCUGUUAACGAAUCCUUUGUAAAUAGCGUAUGAAUGUGAUCAAAUACAGAUAUUCAACAUUUGUCCUAACUGUAAUAAAAUUUCGGUAGAAAA